UGUAAAUGCUGCUGGGAGGGGUGAACAGGAUGAGGCUCCGUGCAGGUAUAAGGAAGUGUUUCCACUGACAGACUAAAAACUUUUCUUCUUCAGCUUAGAAACACACCAGCUACUCUCUCCAACACCCAAAUAUGGCUGUCAGUAAAGGUACAGCUUCCCUCCACACAUGAUGUACAACAUGGAUGAAACUGGUGUGAUGACAGUGUAGACACCCAAGCAGGUUGUCAGAGAGAAAGGGAAGAAACAAGUGGGUUCAGUAACAUCUGCUGAAAGAGGAGAGCUUGUCACUGUGGCCUGUGCAAUAAACGCCACUGGAAAUGCAGUCCCACCCAUGUUCUUUUUCAAGGACAGCCUUAUGAACGCAUCACCAGCAGGUUCCAUUGGUCAUUGUACAAAGUCUGGAUGGAUGAAGAUGCCUUCCUCAUCUUCCUGGAGCACGUCAUCCGCCACACCAACUGCUCCACCGAUCACCCAGUCCUGCUCAUUCUGGACAACCAUGAGUCUCACAUCUCACUCAAGUCAGUGACAAUUGCUAAAGAGAAUGGGGUCAUUAUGCUCACCCUGCCACCUCACACCUCACACCUCACACCGCUUGCAACCAUUAGACAAAACUGUCUAUGGACCACUCAAAACCUACUAUAACCGAGCGAUGGAUGGGUAGAUGUGAUCACAUCCUGGGCGAACCGUAUCGAUCUACGAGGUCCCGGAACUUGUGAAGCAAGCGUUCCUCUCUGCAAUGUCACCAACAAACAUAACCUCAGGUUUCAGAGCAACGGGCAUAUACCCUUUCAACAGGGACAUCUUCCCGGAAGAAGACUAUGCACCAUCAAUGGUGACAGACAGGGCAAAUCCAGAAGAUGAACCCAGUGCCACUGCUGACCUGCCUGGAGAAGAGCCCUCCACCAGUGCAGCUGCUCACCUGCCUGGACCAUCGCAUGAGCCAACACAUGUCACAGCAGGUCCAGACCCAGGAGAGCCACCUGCCACUCUGCCAAAUCCCGAGCAUUCAUCAAGUGACAAAUCUGGUUCUUCUGCUCACUUGGGUUAUGUGUUUCCAGAAGUCAUUGUUCCCUUGCCAAAAGCCACAGAAAGAAAGAACAGAAUUGUAAGAAAGAAAGUGAAAACAAGAAUCGUGACCGACACACCUGAGAAGAUGGAGUUGGAGAAGGCUAACAAAGAAAAAGAAGAUAAAAAGGCUGAACAGGAAAAGAAAAGAAUGAAAGAGAGAAGAAAAGGGCUCUGAAAGCUGCAAAUCAAACCAAAACCAAGAAGGAAACGGUUGUGUACAGUAGCUCGGAAGAAAGCUCCACCACCGAUGAUGAGGCAGAAGAUGGCCUGGAGAAGACACACGGCAGAGAAAAGGAUGGGGCUGAAAAGAAGAAAAGGAGUGGAAAUAAGAAGGGGGCUCUGAAAGGGUGAAAACCAACCAAACCCAAGAAGAAAGUGCUCUCCAGUAGCUCAGAAGAGAGUGACUUUCCGAUUCCAUUUAGCGAUGCCACUGAUUUUGAGAGUUCAGAUAUCCAGAGUGAUGAUGAUGAUGGUGACAAGGAUCUGUCUGCUGGUGACUUUGUCAUUGUGAAGUUUGCAGAAACAACCAUGUACAACAAUGAAGAGAUCCGGAUCGUGAUGGUGGGGAAGACCGGAGCUGGGAAGAGUGCAGCAGGAAACACCAUCCUGGGACACAACUGCUUUAAAUCUGUUUUCUCCCCUGAAUCUGUGACCACAGACUGCGCUAAGUCGUAUGGUGAGCUGGAUAGACAGAAGGUUUCUGUCAUCGACACUCCAGGUCUGUUUGACACCAAUACAGAUGAAGAGACGACACGUAAAAAUAUCUCCCAGUGUAUGGCUUAUGCUUCUCCUGGACCACAUAUCUUUCUGAUUAUCAUCAAACUGGGCCGAAUCACAGAAGAAGAAAAGAAGACGGUGGAGAAGAUUCAGAAAAUCUUUGGAAAGUCAGCAGACAAAUACAGCAUGGUUCUCUUUACCCAUGGUGACCAGCUCAGUGGGACUAUCGAGGAGUUCUUGAAGGAAAGCAAAGACCUGCAGAAGCUUGUGGCCAAAUGUAACGACCAGUACCACGUCUUUGAUAACAAGCUGUCUGAUAGUUCUCAGACCAGAGAGCUCCUCAACAAGAUCAGAAAAAUAACAGAAAAGAACACAGGAAACCAUUACACCACUGAGAUGUUUCAGGAGGCAGAGAGGGCGAUUGAAGAGGAGAAACAGAGAAUCCUGAAAGAGAAAGAAGAGGAAAUGAGGAAAGAGAGGAAGGAACUAAUGAGGAAAAUAGUGGAAAAAUUUGAGCAAAGGAUAAAGGAAGCAAAGGAAGACGCGGAGAAGGAGAAACAGCGAAUCCUGAAAGAGACUGAAAAGCAAAAGUGCAAAGAGGAGGAACUAAAGAGGAAAAUAAAAGAAAAACAUGAGAAAGAACUAAAGGAAGCAGAGGAAGACACUAAGAAGGAGAAACAGCGAAUCCAGAAAGAGAAAGAAGAGCAAAAGUGCAAAUUGAAGGAGGAACUGGAGAGGGAAAUAAAAGAAAAACAUGAGAAAGAAUUAAAAGAAGCGAAGGAAGAGAUGGAAAAAGAACUAAAAGAGAAAAUGAAAGCACUGGAGGAAGAACAGGAAGAGAAGGCUAGAAGAGAGGCAGAGAAGAGCUCUUCAGUGCUCGCAAAGGUUGGUCGUGGACUUGCAGCUGUGGGGGCUGCUGCGGCUAGGUUGGUUGCGGGGGCUGUGGCGAUAUUUAAAAAAUAACUACAGCUCAUUGUAUCCGACCUGAUGUACAUUAUAAUGUCAGUGUUUGAAACUGAUCUGUUGUUUCUCAAAUUACUCUCGCCUUUUCUUUUAGACAUAUUUUGAACACAAAACUAAAAGACUAAAGGGACUUUCAGACAGGACGCGGUGGGGGCUACGCGCUGCUGUCAAGCCCAUUCAUUGUCUAUGUGUAGCUCCGCACAAGAGCGUAUCUGCACUCGGCCGAGCUGAGCUCAGCACAAGGUCUUGUUUGCCAGUUGGACCAAUAGUAUCUGUCUGCAGUCUGCAAGACCCAAUUUCAAAUAUCUUUAUUUAUCUGUUAGGAACUUCAGUUGUGUAAAAAAAGCAUCAGUGUGCAUACAGCUCAGCACAACAAAACAAACAAACAAAAGAACACACACACAUACAAGUGGCUGUAUUAAAAGCAUGACAAUUGUUAUGAAAGGUUAAAAGAGUGGUGUUAAAAAUAAAUGAACAAAUGGAUCAGCCAUUCAUGAGCCUGAUGGAUGUGGGCACGAAGCUUGAAAUGGCUCUCUUAGUUCUGAAAGUUUGAGAUCUGUGUCAUCGGUAUCUUCUGCCCACUACAAUCUUCUAAAUGGUGUUUGACCCUGCUGAGGCCGUGUGGCUCGCUUUACUUUGGUUCACCUUCUAUUGUUAUCAUUUCAAACACAUAAACUAAGAACAUUUUUGAAACACAUGACUCACAUAAGUGCCUCCAACCAAAGCCGUAGUAUCCUCAAAGGUAUAGAGAAGAAGCCCUGCAGCCCGUCUAUGCAGAUGGUUGGAUGGAGCGGAGAGGAAAUUAAAAAAAGGACGAUUUUUAUUUUCAUCCACAAAAUGUCAUCAAAAAUAUAAAAGUUGUGAAAGUAUGUAAUAAACCCAAGUAAUUUCAGUAAGGAGACAUAAUUCUCUAUGAAUAUUUAAAGUUGCAUGUCACAUAUGAUACUUAUUUAAACUAUCAUCUCCGUGCUCUUAAAUUACCCUUUUUUAACAGUUGGUAGAUAAAUAAAAUAAACAUUGUUUAAAUAAAAUCCACAUCGUUUGCUUUAAAAGAAAGCUUAUCAACUCUGGUAGUGAAAUAACCCUGGUAUUACUAACGUAUAUUUAACUAAAUAUAAGUUGUCUAAG